AAUCAAUAGUACUGCUUGCAUUUGUUGACUCCUCCUUUAACCACCCAAAGCUAGCAUGCUCGGGGGUGUCCUGUCCACUCUAAACGUGAACCACAUGUCGGGGUAAUCUGGGUUCGCAAAUUUGUCCGUACUCCAAAAAGCUUCUGCAACACUUCGAAGCCUUCCACGACACCUCUGUCUUUCUCUCCCUCGGAAAUUUCUUCCUUCCUUCCCAAAGAACCCUAAUUCCUAGCUAUCCAGAUUCAUCCAAUUCAUGCGUGCAUGAAUUAAAAUAAUUUACUUUUUAGGGUUAGUAUAAUCAAAUUGAACUCGAUCUUGUAAGGACGCGUCUAUCCAUCGGCGAAGUUAUAUUGCUGUUCAGAUCGAUCAGUUACCCUACAGCUUUUAAUUUAUAUAUAUAUAUAUAUCCAUACUUUUUUGAGUUCUUUGUUCAAGGUUUUUCAAUUGAACUCGAGCUAUCAAAGGGCUUGCACAGAGAUGGAUUCGAGCCGGAGAGCCGUGGAAUCGUACUGGAGAUCGCGUAUGAUAGAUGGCGCGACAUCGGACGAAGAUAAAGUCACACCUGUAUAUAAAUUGGAAGAGAUUUGCGAGCUUCUUCGGUCUUCGCACUUUAGUAUCGUUAAAGAAGUCUCCGAAUUCAUCUUCAAACGCCUUGAACAUAAAAGCCCAAUUGUCAAACAGAAGGCCUUAAGGCUGAUCAAGUAUGCAGUGGGGAAAUCUGGUGUAGAAUUCAGGAGGGAAAUGCAAAGAAAUUCUGUGGCUGUGCGCCAGUUAUUUCACUACAAGGGUCAGUCAGAUCCUUUGAAGGGAGAUGCACUCAAUAAGGCUGUGCGGGACACUGCACAUGAAGCUAUAUCUGCAAUAUUUUCUGCAGAUGACAACAAGCCACCACCGGUAGAAGAUCUUAAUAAGCGGAUAGAAGGGUUUGGGAAUACAAACUUUGGAAUGGUGUCUGAGGAUAAGAAAUCCUUUCUUAGUGAGGUGGUUGAUAUUGGAAGUGCUACGAUAAAGCAGGGAUUGAGUAGUUUAACGCAAGCUCAAUCGUCAAGGAAGAAUGACAAUGGAAGUUACAAGAGUCCUACACUUCGAAGGUCAUUAACUACGGAAACCAACUAUCCAGAUAGAUAUGACAAAGUUGAACAUCACAGUGAAACUCAAAGCGCUUAUGGCUUCCCAAAGAAUUCAGAUGCUGGACCUUGGGGUAAAGACUCGAGGAUAACCAAGACAGAUACAACCAAUGGGGAGUCCGCUUCAAGUAUUACUAGGAAUAAGACUUGCGAGGAGAGGCUAUUGGAGACCAUUGUAACUUCUGGUGGUGUUCGUCUACAACCAACUCGAGAUGCCCUCCAGGUUUUCCUUAUGGAGGCCUUAAAGUUGGAUACAUUGGCUUUAAGCGAGGCCCUUAAAUCAAAGCUACAAUCUCCAUUGUGGCAGGUCCGCAUGAAAGCUAUGUGCGUCCUUGAGGCAAUUUUGAGGAAAAGGGAUGUUGAAUGUUUCAUGACUGUAGCAUCUUACUUUAGUGAAAAUAAAGAUGUUGUGCUGAGAUGUUCCGAAUCUCCCCAAGCUUCUUUGAGGGAAAAAACUGAGAAGGUCUUGAGCCUUCUAGGUGGAGACCGAACUGGAAGCAGAAUGGGUCAUUCAGAAAAGCCAGUGAAGGUUGAGACAGCCGCCUUUCAGAUGCCCAACUUAAUAGACACUGGUGAUUCGGAUGAUUUCCAUGGAACAAAAAAUUCCAUGGAAGAGCAGAGUGACCAAAGCAUUGCAAAUCCAACUACAUCAACAACUGCAGUAAUCGAUGAUUUAUUUGGAGAUAGUUUGGUUGUUGGCAUGAGAAACAGUGAACAGAAAAAUGAUGAUGAUCCAUUUGCGGAUGUCUCAUUCCACACCAGUUACAAAGGUGAUCUAUUUUCAGGGAUGGAUGUUGAUAAAGCAGGAGCUGCCGAAAUCCAUACUGCCACAAAUAAAAAUGAAGCUGAAAUUUUUGAUAUUUUUGGGUCCAAUUCUCAACUUCCACAGGAAGAUGCAAACCAUAAAAAAGAUGUUCAUGAUUUAGUGGCUGGUUUGUCCAUCAAUGAAAAUACCCUGGUGACAAAGCAGAACAGGGCCUCCUCCCAUGGAGCACUCUCUGAGAUCUUCCCAGAUUCCACUAUGAAUCCCACACAUCCGGUUUCUAACGAUGUUUUGAACAGCAUAUUUGGUUCUCAAGCCGCUGGGAUGAAUGCAAAUACUAUGUUUCCUUUGGGUCCCAUACCGUAUAAUUUACCCUCCGGCAUAAUGUUAAAUCCAGUAUUUCCUUCUCAGCCAAUGAAUUAUGGUGCCAUGGGAAAUUUAUUCGCCCAGGGGCAAUUUCUAACAACAAUGUCCAACUUCCAACAGCUGGGGAACCUGCCUAUGCAAGAUGCAGGUGUUAGUCCUGCUGCUGGAACUAAAGGAGGGGCACUUCCUUCACCCCUUCCUGACAUUUUCAAUCCUAGCAUUCCAACUCAAACUCCCAGUUCAAUGUUGAGCAGUUCAAAGAAAGAGGAUACAAGAGCAUUUGAUUUUAUCUCGGAUCAUCUGGCAACAGCUCGUGAUCCGAAGAGGGUGGUUUGAAUCGUAGAGCUGAUGAUUGAAUUCAUGGACUCUGUCACCUCAACAACAGCUUAAUUAUGAUUGCAGCUGGUUUUUCUCCUUAAGCUGAGAAGAUCAUAUAUUAUUUUUGCAAUAAUGUUCCAUUUGCAGAUGUUAAGAUCAUGUUUCCUUGGCAACUGUAUUUUAAUUGAUAAAAUUCAGGGAAACUUCUGGAACUGAAAAGAGUGGGUGAGGAAGUUCAUGGGUGUCUUCUUGUAUUGUGGGGUGGGAGAUGAGUGAGAAUGCAGUUGUGCAGUUGGCCUAGUUUUGGAUUUUGUAAUGAGGCAUUGGUUGCAUUUCUUCCCCUUGAAAAAGCUUGGCUCAGAUUGCUAGUGUGAGAAUGCAUGUUGGAGUUUUUGAAAGCA